ACCGUUGUGGAGAGUGUACGUCGCGUCUAGGCUCCGCCAGCCAACUCCGAUUUUUUAGCAAUUUUCCGCCCCUCAUUCGGCCAUUUAUUUACCGGAAACCUUCUCCUCUCGCUUCCAACAGUGUUACGGAUAGAUAUAAUAGUGAGUGGUGCUGCGAUCUAGAGGAGGAAAUUACAAUUGUGGCCCCCAAAUGUCCUUUAAAUUGUUGUUACCCGAACAAGCAGCGCGACACACACAGUCCCUUAAUGUUUAUGUCCAAACGUAAGAGAACAGCCAACAAGUUGAUCAGCAAGUGGAGGGCCAAUUUAAAUGGCCCUUCGGUCGUGGACAGGGGCCUGCUGGGAUCGGCAGCCGACGCCAGGGAGCAGGAUGUCCAGGAGUUACUCAAUAAGUUGGAGGACAACCAGAUGAAGAUGCUGCUGAAGGCGGUGAAGGACUGCGACCAGGACGGCGACUGCAUCCUGGUGUCCUCCAAGUCGUUCAGCGAGGCGCACGUGCAGUGUUGCCGCUUCUGGCGCUGGCACGACCUGCGCCAGGGCAGCGAGCUGCGCAGACUGCCCCAGUGCAGGUCGGCGCUGGACUCGGUCUACGUGUGCUGCAACCCCAACCACUGGAGCCGCCUUUGUCUACCGGAAACGCCACCACCUCCUUAUAGUCGAACUAGUAUAGAUAGGAUAAGACCUGAAGAUCGUGCACCAAGUGAAUUACCUUUUUUAACUAGGAAUUUUUGUGAAUCUCUAACUACAAGUGGAGAUUCGAGGAUGACCAGUCCUCUGGAGUGGUGUAAGCUGGCCUACUGGGAGCUGCGGGACCGGGUGGGCCAGCUCAUGCCCGUGGAAACCUACACGGUCAACGUUUUCGGCAAUGUACCUGACCGACUUGAAGGCUGGUGUCUGACGGAACUUGGACUGCAGAAUCUGAAGGCCACCGAAUCCGUUCUGAGCACGCGGGGUAAAAUUGGUUUAGGAGUGACCCUGUGCCGUGAAGCGGACGGAUCCGUGUGGCUGUACAACCGUUCCGACCAGCCCGUGUUCGUCAAUUCGUUGUACCUGGAGAGGGGCCUGGGCGCUGAUGCGCCGGGGCCCGUCCGCAUCCCCGCCGACCACUGUCUGCGCAUCCACGUGCCGGGCGCCCAGCAAAUGUUCGGCUGGGACAGUCUGGUCAAUUACCACGGGCCCAUGGGCGAUCCCAAUUCGAUAAGGAUCAGUUUUGUCAAAGGAUGGGGUACCAAGUACUCCCGGAGAGAGAUAACGUCCUGUCCGUGUUGGUUAGAAAUUCUUCUGGCGCCCUGUAGGUGAUGCAGAAGAAAUAUUUUUUCACUAAGAAUGGUCUAAAGGUGAACAGAAGACGUGAAAUUGUGUGAUAAAGACAUGGAAAACGCGAAUACUUUUAAUAUAUACAUGUAUUUUAGAAAUGGCCUUGAAUUUUUAACGUGUUAUACCGGGGUACUAAGAUUCCAGAAAUCAAAUUUCGGGUACGAUAGUACGAUAUAACCAUGUUGAACCAAUAACAAUGAAGUUAAAAUGAUGAUGUCUAUAAAAAAUAUGACAUGCUUAUAUCGACCAGACCCCAGUACUUUUCGUAGUACCCCCGUAAGAUUCCGUUAAAAUCUACUUUUUUUAAAGGAAACGUGUCAUUAUGCCAGUGCAUAAAAUAAGGCUGAAAGUACUUUUAAGAAAAUAUAAUGUCAUAGUCCGUCCCUAUAACUGUUUUUUUUGUACUUUUGUAAAACAAAAAGGAAAAAUUUUUAAAUUUCUCGUAAAAUUUUGUACCUUUCUAGGCGGCUGACUAAAAAAAUUAGUACUAUAUUGCGUUGUAUCGGACGUUGAAACUAAAGGUACGACUACACGUCGAGUCGAGACUAUGCCGUACUAUUUAUUGAUGCCUAAAGUGCCUCAAAACUUUUUCUUAUUUUGUUAAAAACAAAUAAUACUAAACAAGGCUUGGUACCGAUAGUUUUAACUUCCAAUAGCGACCAAAAUUUCGUACCAAUCUACAGGGUGUUUCAAAAUAAAUGACCCUAACCGACGCGAAAAACGGGCAUCUUAAAAUGUUGAUGUAAUUUUAAAGUUUAAUAUGGACACCCGAAAUACCUAGCCAAUAUAGUCUUUCGAAAGUCAAAGUGAAUUCAGUCGGUCUAAAAAAACUUUAUUAAAAAUUUCGAGUGCAUUAAUAGUAUCGUCGUGUAGUCAAAAAACAUUUCCUAUUUUUUUGACAAAAUAGUGAAGGUGCUUGUACUAGUCGGCCGAUUUUGAGGAUUUUGUAACCAAUUUGUAGCGAACUUAUUUGACUUUUCGUGUUUGAUAUUAACAUUUUAUCAACAUUUUGUUUUCCCUCGUAUAAUAGACAGCUGGAAACUUUCAUUUUUAAUGUAGAAAGAGAUACUGAAAAGUCAAAUAAUUCA